AUGGCUUUUUUAAUUACCCCAACAAUUUAUUUGUUUGUUAUUUUAAUAAAUUCUUUAUUUAUUAAUGGAGAAGAAAUGUUGUUAAUGGGUGGUGGUGGUGGUGAAGAACAAUUUAAUAAUAAUAAUGGUAUGGGCGGAAUGCAUCCAACACAUAUACCUAAUCUUGAAGAAAAUAAGAUGCCGAAAAAUGAUGAAAAAUUUGUUGGAGAAUUAAAACUGCCAACAAAAAUGACGGGAGAAAAUAAAAAUAACAAAACAAUGGAGAUGAUGAAAGAGUAAAAAAGAAACUUGAAGCAAAAAUAAAAUAUAAGGAGAAUAAGAAUAAACUUGAAUUAGAGAAAGAAAAAUAAACUUUAAAUAAAUAAAGUUUGUAUAAUAUUCUGA